AUGGCGCACUCGCUCAUUCCCCCACUGGCGAAAAUGGACAUGAAAGGAGACCAGGUUUCCAACUGGCAAUUUUUCAAGGCAAGUUGGCAGAACUAUCUAGUGGCCACAGAACUGGAUAAGAAAGAUACUUCCAUCCAUGUGGCUACAUUACUCACAAUUAUGGGGAAGGAGUGCUAUGAAGUGUACGAAAAUCUGCCACUAACAGAGGAACAGAGAAAGUCACCACAGCAAAUCCUAACCAGCCUUGGAGCUCAUUUUGACCCUAAACGCAAUGUGGUGUACGAACGAUUCAUGUUCAACUCCUGUAAGCAAGAGCCCAAAGAGAACAUUGACACUUUCUUGAACAGGCUGAGAAAGUUGGCAACCACAUGCAAUUAUGGAGCGCUUCUCGAUGAAAUGCUCCGAGACAGGCUGGUCAUAGGAGUAGUAGGCAACAGCAUCCGUGCUCGUCUGCUGCGUGAGUCGUCACUGACAUUGCAGAAAGCCAUAGACAUAUGCCGCAGCAGUGAACAGGCAGCGAUCCACCUUCAGCAGAUGGAUCCGGUAGAGGCAGAGACAGCACACUUUGUGAAAAACAAGCAGCGGACACAGAAAUCUGGAAAAGCCAGCAAGCCUCCGAACAUGAACUGCAAGUACUGUGGCAAAUCACACAGCAAAGGCAAGUGCCCAGCCUACGGGACAACUUGCUCUAAGUGCCAAAAACGCAACCUCUAUGCGCAGGUUUGCCAGACCGUACCAAAUGACAGCCACAGAAAUCUACACAGAAGCUCCACAAAAUGGAUGGAGACGAAAGCGGCAGCGACGAAAGCAUCUAUACAGUGCAGUCAAAGCCCAAGCAGCAAUACUUUGUUGAGCUAG